AUGUCAGCUGGUUGCCGCAGUGUUGGCUAGUUGCCCUUGUCUCUUAAUGGCGUUGUGCAGCACUGCCAAACAUUCGAAAACAGACGCUAAACAAGUCGUAAGAAAAUGGAAAAGUUAACUUUACAGCAAGUGCAUGACUUGCGCAAGGUGCAGGAGGACUUAAUUUACAGUAGAUGCGUGCACAUGGAGUUCUAUCGCAAAGUGGCCAAACACAAAUACACGGCUGAGCUCAAUAAUUUGAUUCGUGGCGAAUUCAAUAGAGUUGAUGUCGAGCUGAACAUACCGAAAUUGCCGCCAGAUUAUCCCCCAAGAGAGGAAUACACAUCAAUGUUACAGGUGGAGAAAAUGAUCGAUAUUGUGGAUGUGAUGAACAGCUCCGUGCUCUAGGCUCUGGAAUCUUUCUUCGCUUUAUUUAAGUUAUUAUUAAGCCAAUAGCCAUGUAGAAUACGAUGAAUCUGCUUCAGACACUCGAAUGAAGGCGACAGGCUCUGCAAAGACACAUUCAAAUCGGUCAAGAAUAUAUUUUUUAAGUAACUCCCAAGUACUCACAUUAAAAAGUGGAAUAAUGGGACGCUGGUUGAACAUGCUGCCUUUGGUGCGCAGUAUUAACAUGUAUUUAAUAUCCAGCUGUAAAUUAAACAAGUGUAACUAAAUAAGUAUAAAUAUAAUAUUUAAGUAAACCUA